CUACAUUGUCCAGGAAUGUGCAGCAGAACUCAGAAGCCAUUUUGGGAUGAUGUCCCUGUUGAGAAAGACUAUGAAGAUGCUGAAAUCAACGAACAUGGUUACAUUUCUGUCUGUGCCUCCCUCCGUCUCCUCUAUUUCACCAUGGCAGCUGUCAACCGACGGGACAUUAGCAAAGCGGGGUGUCAAGCUGUGCUCACAGCGUUAAAACGAUAUGAAAGAGGAGAGUGUCUGUUUACUGUCUCUGUCGAGACAUGUAACACCGUGAGUCUUUUCCAGUCUGAAAUCUUCCAGCAUCUCUCACAAACCAACGUCUCCUUGAGUUAAUUCACUUGUACCGGGGAGAAGGGAGGCAGAUCGGUUCUCCAAUGGCUUCUGUGAGCCUGGUUUCCAGUCCCCCAGCCCCUGUUCUUGACAAAAACAUGACAGACUCUGAGCUUGCAGGGGAAGAAAGGUCGAGUAACAUUCUUGUGCAAUUCUUAAUACGCUCAUCGGAGGAUGGUGAACUGGAGGAUGGAGAAAUAGAUGAUGAGGGGAUCGGAAUAGAUGAGGAGAACAAGGAGACCACAGAGGUGAAAGAGGAAAAAGAAAAGGAAAAAGAGCGAGAGCGGGGUAAAGAGAAAGAAAAGCUGCACAGACACUCCAGGAAACGAUAUAAGAAGACCAAAGAAAAGAAAAGGUCAAAGAAGAGGAGACACGACCGACCGAGACAUCAUUCUCCCUCCAGCAGCUCCAGCUCUGACAGCUACGACUCUGAUUACGACAGACCAGAACGACACAAGAACAGGAAGAGCAAAGGUUCAAGUCACGACGCGGAUGGCCCGUCUUCUCAGCAUAUGAAGGGAAGCCACGGCAACUUUAAGAAGUUUUCACCACAGAAAAGUAGCGACUUUGACAAAUACAGCGACUACAGCGAGGACAAGUACGACUAUGAUGAGGAAGAGGACGAUUACGACGAUGAUGGAUCCGAGUAUCAGCAGUCAAAAGACUCGUCGGGUCAGGGGAGGGGGCGCCACGUUAAGGAGCAGAUGAGCAGGGGGAGCAUGAGAGGAAUGAAGCAGCAGCAGUUCGGACAGAGAGGAAGGGGAAGAGGGAGCGGACCAGGAAGAGGACGAGGAAUGAUCAACAAGAACAAAAAACUUAAAGGGAAGCCUUGGGGGGGGCGAGGACGAGGUCGAGGAUGCGACCAAGGAAUGGAAGACAUGGGAACUGAUGGAAAGAACUCAUCAGGCUUUCACAAGAAACGACCGAUCAUGAGCAAGGAGUUCAUCAAUCAGCACACAGUCGAGCACAACGGUAGAUACAUCUGCAAAUACUUCCUGGAGGGGCGCUGCAUCAAGGGCGAGCAAUGCAAGUUUGAGCAUGAGCUCGUGGUUCCCGAUAAGAAGAAGGAACUUUGCAAAUUUUACCUUCAAGGAUACUGCAGCAAAGGCGAUAACUGCAUUUACAUGCAUAAUGAAUACCCCUGCAAGUUCUUUCACACUGGAGCCAAGUGCUAUCAGGGGGACAACUGCAAAUUCUCCCAUGAUGCUUUGACGGAUGUCACUAAAGAGCUGCUGGAUAAGAUCAUUAGUGCAGAAGAAGAGAACGCCCGUGAGGACGAGUUGGAGCUGGAGGACCUAAGAAAGCAGGGUAUUGCUCCUCUUCCCAAGCCUCCCCCUGGGGUGGGUUUGUUGCCCACGCCAGGUCAGAGCAGUCCUUCAGACGGAGCUUCUGGAGCCGGGAAGAAGAUCCCGUCACUCUUUGAAAUCAAGGUCCAGCCCACUGUAGACUUGGCUCACAAAAUUGCUUUGAGUGGAUCCAACCACCAGGGAGAUGGCACCACUCAGUUCAGUGGUGGUUCAGAAGACACAGAGGCUGUAUCUUCAGUGCCUGCAGGUCCUCCUGCAUCACCAGGUCUCAUGGGUCAUCCCACGGGACCAUCUGUGCCGCAGAGCCCCUCCGGUCAACAUCCUCCACACGGAUUUCCAAUGCCAGUCCACUCUGGACCCCCUCCAUCGUUUCAUGGGUCUAACAUCGCCCCGCAGAUGCAGAAUCCUCUCUUCCCCCCUGCACCAGAUCAGCUGCUUCCUUUUCCUCCUUUGAGUCAGAACCCGGUCGACCUCCUCAGCAGCUUCCUGCAAAACCAGGCUGUCAGUCAACAAGGAGCAGAUCCCAGUUUGGCCUUCAUACAGCAGUUGGGUGCCGAGACACAGUUGCAGGCGUUACCAGCAGCAGUGCAGAAAGCCAUCUUUUUGCAUCUGACACAGCAGCAACAAGAGGGGGAGACCCAGCGAGCAGACAGCCAGGAUGGAGAUAACGAAAGCAGAGCUGAAACUACAAACUGGUAUUCAAGUGAUGAUGAAGAUGGGACCUCGGGGGUUUCCUCCAUCCUAAAAUCUCUCAAAAAGCAGAGUGAGAUGCCCCAGUCUCAGUCCAACCCUCUUCAGGUCGGCUCGGUGUCUCAAGCGUUGGGCAACCCUCGGCUUGUUAAGGACAGGGCUCCACCUAGCGACCCGCGUGUGAAGUCCGACCUCAGACAGCGACUCCCAGAAUGCAGGAAGGAGGUGGAGGGAGCUGCAGACACACGGCUGUGCAGAGACCCCAGGAAGGUGAGGGCAAUGGAGAGCAGCUCCUACCGCCUGCAGAACCAGCCCGCUCCACAAAAAACUCUGGCAGGGGAGGAGGAUGACGAUGGGGAGAGGAAACUCAGGGAUCGAGCUGUUCUCAUCCCUCUGGAUGUGGGCCCUUGCGUGGUUCUGCAGGACCCUCGUUGCCAGCUGAAGCAGUUUAGCCACAUUCGAGUGGACAUCCUACUCCAGAAGCCUGCGUUCGCCCAAACGGUGGUGUGGGCCCCCGAGGACCUCAUCCCCUCCCUCGUUCCGAAACAGGAGCACUCCAUCAACCUGCCCCUUCCACCCCUGAUCGCUGAUGCUCAGAUGAACAGAACCAGCCUUCCCACCCAUCCCCCGGUUUCCAGCCCGCCUCCGUCUGACCCCAGACUGGCAGCUACUCGCUUGAAGGAGCGUUUGGGUCGACUCCCCGCCGGAUCCUCCACAGAAAGACCAGCAGACCCACGGCAGCAGAAGUCUUUGGAUCCCAGACUCAAGCGGACAGGAAGUGUGGACUCCAAGCUGCUGGGGCAGAAAGAGUCCUCCUCUGGGGGAGGGCUUGUGGACCCCCGCCUGCAGAAGGGCAGCCUCAGCUCCCCCCCUCAGACCGCCCAAGCCAAGUCUGAGCCCGAGAAACUGCCACCUUACGCUCCUCGACUGGCAUCGUCGGGUGGUGGCUUGGAGAGCCCCACGACGAUCCUGGGGGGCAUCAGCCUGUACGACCCCCGUUCUCAAAGCAAGCAUGCUCAGAAGGAGGCGCCAGAGCCCCCCAAAAAGACGGGGAUUUUGAAACAGCCUGCCAAGAAAGAGAACCCGCCAUCCCUCUCACCAACUCAGAGGAGCGGCUCGGUUGAGGAGGUGAAAACCGCAGACGUCGCCUCACAUCACACCCCUCCCAGGUCCCCCACGCUGCCCCCCACCUCACCCGUCAAGCCGCCCGCUGUUCAUAACCUCCCCAUCUCUGCGCUGGCUGGACUGAUCCGACCUCAGUAUUCUGACCCCCGGCAGGCGAAGCAGGGAGGACAGGGUUCGACUGGAGCACAAGAGGAAGCAGAAGACAAGAAGAAGCAGGAGGAAGAGCAGAAGGAGGAGGAGGAGGAGGAGGAGGAGGAGGAGAUCAUAAAGGAAGAGCCAAAGCAGAAAGACCAGGAGGAAGAGGAGGACGGGGACGACAGGACACUUAAGGAUGUGUUCAAAACUUUUGAUCCCACCGCAUCCCCCUUCUGUCAGUAAAUAAAUAAGCUACAAAAUAUCUGUAAAUAGUUUAAAAAAUGAAUAUUAAUCUUUAUCUUAUCCUAAAUUUAUUUAUUUGAUUGUUGAAAUUACUCAAACAACCCCCUAAAAGUGUGCUUUAGGAGUUUAAGGUCAUUUCUUGUUGUUUUGUUUAAAAAAAAAGCAUAAAUAUGGCAUUAUUUUAUCAUUUGCGUGCAUAUAUUACAACAUGUAAAAAACAGAGUAAUGUAAUCUUCAUCCUCAAUAUCAGAUUUUGAUAUUCACUUAUUUUACAUUUGAAAUAUUACCUUAUUUAUCCUCAUUUUCCUUUUAUAGUAGGAGAAACACAAAAACUUGCUUGUAACUUUUCGUUUAAUGCUCACAUUUUUUUAUAGCUUUUAAACUUUCCAGCUGAGCUAGUUUGUAAAAAUCUCUACCACAUAGAUACGUUUUUGUCAUCUUUAAAUGAGGUUGUUUUUGGAGGAGGCUCUUUUAGCCACAGACGGUGAAUCUUGCAGCAUUUUGCUGCUGAGAGCAACUUUGCCUGUAAAAUAAGUGACUUGUUUGACUGAAAAUAAGCUAUUUACUUUUUUUAUUGCUUUCAUAUGUCACAUGUAAAUGUUGAUUUUUGUAUCCUGUGUACAGCGUGUUGUAGUGAGGGUUUUAACGUGUUUGGUGAUGCUUUAUUUCACGCCAUCAUUGUGGUUCAAAGCAGACUUUUUAUUGGAAAUACAAUUUAAACCAUUUCUUUUCACAAUCAUACAGCAGCUCUUUUUAGUGUACACGUACAAUAAAAUCUAUUAAUGACAA